AUGGGUUGGUCCCAGAAGCGGUCGACAGCGCUUCGACUCGCCGUUAUUAUCGCCCUUGACGUUUUUCCUUGCUCUAAAGCAUCAUAUAUCUCUCCACAACCUAUCUCUCAGCAUCCAAUGACCACACCAGCUCCCAUAGUCCCUCGAGCCACCGAAAGUUUCACUGCUGUAUCAGAAUGCCAUCUGCACGGCGCCUCAGUAUUCUGCCUCUAUGGUACAACGGAGCUUCAAGUGGUGGUACCAGCGACAGCAACAAGUGAAAUUCCUCCAACGUAUACAGGCUGUCAUAAUCACGGGGAUGAAUCAUUUUGUGUUGCGCCUGAUGGCUCCGAUGUUGAAGUCAUCGGUCUUAACAGCGAUGACCCAGCCGGUCACUCAGAAGAAGACGAUGCACACAGUGAGAGCGGGGAACAAAAUUGUCAUUUCCACGCAGGAGUUGAGCAUUGUGUCGGCGGGUCGAGCGAGAGUAGCGUAGCACAGUGCUCACGACGAGAUCGAGACUACAACGUCCCCCUUAGGAUUGGACUUCUCUUCGUUAUUCUAGUCACGAGUUUCAUCGGCGUCGCGGGACCGAUAUUCCUCAAACCUAUUCUGCCACAGAAGUUCCAGCCAGUUUUCCUCAUUCUGAAGCAAUUCGGCACCGGAGUUAUAAUAUCAACAGCAUUAGUCCACCUUUUCACGCAUGCUCAGCUUAUGUUCACCAAUGAGUGUCUUGGUGAGCUUGGGUACGAAUCCACAACAGCUGCGAUUGUCAUGGCCGGGAUGUUUUUCGCAUUCGUAAUAGAAUAUACGAGUCACCGCUUGGCCCGAAAGUUCUGGGCUAGAACUCAGUAUAAUAGCGAGGUAGUUGGUGUCACAGUGCUUGAAGCUGGCAUAAUAUUCCACUCGCUUUUGAUCGGCGUUACUUUAGUGGUUGCAGGGGACAGCUUCUUCAUAACCCUUUUUGUUGUCAUCCUCUUCCACCAAAUGUUUGAGGGUAUAGCUCUUGGUACACGCAUUGCCUCUAUUGGUCAAUCUAACAGAGCUGAUGGAGAAAACGCCAAUCAUGGACAAUUGGCUAGGGGUGAUACUACAUCCACACAAGGUCAAACAAUCACGGAUAAUGGCGACUCUCUGCAGGAAAGUAAGAAUUUGAAUUCGUUACCAAUGCCUCGGAAGUUCCUGAUGGCCGCCGCCUUUGCUUUGGUUACUCCGGUUGGCAUGGCAAUUGGCAUUGGGGUUCUGAAUCAGUUCAAUGGUAAUGACCCCAGCACACUGAUUGCUCUGGGAACUCUCAAUGCUUUAUCAGCUGGCAUACUCAUAUGGGUUGGAGUUGUGGAGAUGUGGGCGGGAGAUUGGAUGUUUGAUGGUGAAUUGGCAAAUGCAGGGGCAGUGGUGACAACUCUUGGAGGGUUAGGACUUGUUGCGGGAAUGGCUUUAAUGAGCUUUUUAGGCAAAUGGGCAUGA